AUGAAAGCUGCUAUUCAAGGGCAGAUCGAUACAGUUCGGCUACUUCUUGCCCAUGGUGCCGAUCACUCAAUUACUGAUCCGACUCGUGGCAUGUGUGCUCAAGGUUGGGCGCAAUACUGCAAUCGACACGAAACCGCUUCUGAAAUCGCUGAAUACCAUCGCCGCCCCAGUUCCGUCCGCCUCAAAAGCCAUCGGAAGGGCCAGCAAGGCUUGGUCCUUAAAAUACACAAACUCGUUUCUUGCGGCUGCCGCAGCCUCAAACCAGGUAUUAUUGAAGUGCAUUGCCUUGGAUAA